ACAACCACCAGUACGUUUGAAGGCGCCUUUCACUCUGGUUGGCAUGCAUAUCGCUCCCAUGUGUUUGGAGUAAACCCGGUGUGCACUGCCGCUGCCUGCUCCUGCCUCUUGUUCCAGACUAAUUUAAGACAGCACUUUCAACUUUGAGUUCAGUGUUGUGUUAGGUGCGCUGUCUACUCUACGGAGCCUGAGUUAAACCGCAGAACUACACCUCCAAAACAAGGCGUUUUUGGGGUACUUUAUGUUCAUCCAGAGGACUGUAAAGCAGGAUUUUACAAUGGAUACAGCCAGCCACUCUAUCGGGGAAAGUAAGCCUGUGUGUGAGUUUGCGCCCAAGUCUUCGGUGCAGCGGUGGCUUCCAGGUUUUCCCAUCGCUCUGUGCCUGCUGCUGUCUAUGAGCUCCAUCACCGUGUGUCUUCUGAUGAGCCUCAAGACCUUCCAGCUGGAGAGCCGAAUGCAGAUGGAGAUGGACAAAGCCUCCAUCUUCCAGCCGCCGCACAGGGCUUGUCUAAACGAGGAUGGGACCCUAACUCCAGAGCUGAGCUCAUCAGUAGGGAAAUUCGUGGAAGAGAAAGUGGUGGUGCUGUUGCCGAAAUUAAGGACAACUAGGGACGUUGGCCAAGAGUGCUCCUGCCCUCCAGGGCCUCCAGGAAAGCGUGGACGGAUGGGAAGAAGAGGGGAAGCCGGCCUGCCUGGCAAGGCUGGACGGGAUGGAUACCCGGGUCCUCUUGGCUUGGAUGGGAAACCAGGUUCUCCAGGUCCUAAGGGAAGCCAGGGACCAGCCGGACCCAAGGGAGAUAAGGGUGACCAAGGAGACGUUGGGCCAAGGGGUCCUUCUAACUACAGCCCAUAUGCAGGUCUGCACAGUAAUCAGAUUCUCACCGUCAAGGGUGACCAAGGCCAGGCUGGCGCCGCUGGUCCUCCCGGUCCUCCGGGCCCCCCCGGCCCCAGAGGCCCCCCUGGAAACACAGGCAAGGAUGGUCCACGUGGCCCUGCUGGAGAGUCGGGGUUUCCAGGUCGUGAUGGUGUUGAGGGGCCACAAGGAACGCCUGGGAAGACGGGAGAAGAUGGUGGGCCCGGGUAUCCAGGAUCACAGGGUCCUCAAGGAGCGAAGGGCGAGGCAGGUACAGGAGAAAAAGGAGAAAGAGGCAUGGAUGGACUUCAAGGAUUUAGGGGAGACAAAGGAGAAAUAGGAGAGCAAGGACCACUGGGAUCGAUGGGUUAUCCUGGUGAAAAAGGCGACGCAGGCUCCUCAGACAUCAUCGACUUCAAUGGGAAGCUUCUAGAUGCUUUCCAGGGCCCACCUGGACCACCUGGACCCUCAGGCCCAACAGGGGAAAAGGGUGAGCUUGGUUUACCUGGGCCAGCAGGAUUUGAUGGACAGAAGGGACCUCAAGGUGACAUAGGUGAGGAGGGACCAGCUGGCCACACAGGAGAGAAGGGGGAGAUGGGGCUCUCUGGGCCUGCUGGAAUGGACGGUCAUAAAGGAGAGAAGGGCGACUGCAGGAUAGAGGACAACCUGGUUCAGAUGAUUUCACAGCCGGGCCCACCUGGCCCACCAGGAAUUCCCGGGGCCCCUGGAUCCAUGGGGUUGCAUGGUAUGCCCGGUCCUAAGGGUGAGCCUGGAUACGGGAUGAAGGGAGAGCAGGGGGAUUAUGGUGCUCCUGGCCCCAAAGGAUUAGAUGGUCCCAUGGGACUAAGUGGGUCUACAGGGUUAGUGGGCCUUCCAGGUUCAAAAGGAGAAAAAGGCAGAACAGGAGAGCCUGGACUAGAUGGUUUCCCAGGUCUGAUGGGAGGCAAGGGUGAUCGAGGGGAAAGAGGAGACAAGGGUGACAGGGGAUCAGUGGGAAAGAGAGGACUAAAGGGCCAGAAGGGAGAGCAGGGUCCUCCAGGCCUGGACCAGCCUUGUCCUGUGGGACAGGACGGGCUGCCCAUACCAGGCUGCUGGCACAAGUGAUGACUAACCAGCAGCAUGGAAUCUGUACAUAUUGAUAUGGUAUAUAUUGCAAUUACAACAACAACCCGCUCCCUUUUUUCCCAUUUUUUUUUUUUUUUGUAAAACGUUUCAUAUAAUAUAUUGAGAUUUUUUUAACAAGGACAUUUCUGAGUCUACAGUAUUAUGAAAACUUUUUUUUUUAAACUCUAGAGGUCCCGUGUUGAGAAUGCAGCUAUAGUUUUGAAGAGAAGAAACUGAACUGUCAGUCGGACUCUUACUUUGAAGGACAGUCCAGAGGACAGAGAUGAAGUGCCUUAACAGUCUAGUGGCCUUACUAACAAAGCCUGACUUGCUGCCUGAUUGUAAUCAUGAACGCUGUACGGUGUGUGCACUCACCCACUCUCACGGAUGUAUGGAUGGAUGGACAGAUCUCUUUGGGAGUAACAGAUAUGGGUCAGUAUUCUCCUCUCUCUGUUUUCAAAUAAGGAGGAAAUGGCGAAACAGAAGCUCAAACGCAAGCGUCUCUCUCAGCCCUGAAGGGGUGCGGGCCUGGUGGAGAAAGGACACGUAGACGGGCAGAGAGCACACAAGGGGCACACUGGCCUUUAUUAAGCAGAGCGAUGCCUCAGUGUCAUCCUGAACACUCAGAUCCUCUGAUAUGGAAAGUCUCCAGGAGGGGGCGACAGAGAAACCUGCAUUUCCACAUUCAUCCUGAGAAGUAAAGACACACCUGUGGCUGAUGAUGUUGCACAAUAGCUUCAAUGACUUCCAGUCAAAGUUACUUGGGAGUCACUGACGUCAAUGGCACAUAAGGAAGGAUUUACUGCACAGAUACAUGAACAAGUUGUGGUGAUUUUGUGUAUGGCUCUUUUAAGGUUUCCACUUAUUAAAUGCAUGAUCAUAGCAAGACAGAGUGUUGUUUAGCAUCCUGACAGCUUGUAUAACUUGUGAUCCCUCAUUGAAACCUCCAACGACAGUAGAUUAAUUUCAUUUGCAAUAAGCAGUCUUUAAUAAUCUUUCCAUUUUAACAGGCCACUCAGAAAAGUCAGAGAAAUGUAUGGCUUACACUUUUGUGUGUGGUGUUUUGUUUUGUUUUGUUUUAUUAUAUUAUAUUCUUACCUAUUCUUGUCCAGUUACAUUUUGCAUUCCUGUCGGUGCCAUUUUUUUUUUUAAACAAUGUAACUUCAAGGCCAGAUUUCAAGGAACCAUUUUCAGUAUUCGUGAUAAAUCAGUGUUUCAGUUGCUUUGACAAAUGAUUGCCAAUCAAAUUAUUUUUCUUAAUAAUUUUCAGUGUAACUGAUUCAUUUUUGACUGAUCGUUAUCAUUUAAUCACUGAUGGAGACAUGUUUAAUUACUGUUGCCAGUUUGACCUGGACAACAAUGUAUGUUCUUGCUGCUGACUUAAAUGUGUGUUAUUUGUUUGAUAUUUUUGAAUCAAUGUAAGUCAUUUGAACUGAAGGACUAACAGACUUUGAGGAAUUUGAAUCAAAUGUAUUCGCCACCAUUGUUGUUUGUAACUAUUCAUUUUAUUUAGCAGUACAUCUUAGGACGACGGUUUAUAACUGUCAGUUAUACUGAAUUUUGUGUGUGUUUUUAAUUCAUUUAUCACAAAAAGUGUUGGUCUUUACUAUCAGAUGACUUUUAAUGGUGUGUCUUGGUCUUUGUAAUACAUUUUUCUCAGAUGGAAUACUUUCUUGGUGUUUAAGUACUUUAAUGUACCAAUUUAAAGCUCCAUAUCCACACAUAUCCAGUUACACAUUGAUCUUUGCUUAAAGAAAUGUUGAACAUAGGAACAAAUAAAUUGUACUUGCGGUUGACUAAUGUACCAUUUCCAAAUAUUAGGCUACAUGUAUACAGGUUAGUUAUUACAUGGAAUCAUUAUUUGGUUCUGUUUGGUACUUGGACAUAAAUCCAUACAUAUAAGCGGAAACAUGUGUUUAUGUUUAUAGUGGAAAUCUGUAUUUUCUGCAUUGAUUUUAGUUGUACUUUUUGAUACAACAUGAAUGGCAUUCAGAUAUAUAUGUAUAUAUAUUCUGGUUGAGCACUAGACAUGAAAUAUAGCAAUCAUUUACAGCAUAAAUAUUCGAAUAUGAAUAAUCUGAAUGUUUUACUGGUCUAAUACUUUUAUUCACAAACAACGUACAUUCUGCUAAACAUUGCUAAUUCAAAUACACAACCACAUUGUAGUGCAAUGAGUGCGGAUUCAGAUCCUUCUUAAUCCAGGGAGUACAUUUUUAUUUCUGACAUCCUCUUUGACAUUAAACGUUUAGUUUAUUUUUGCACAGAUUCCCUUGCAGUAUGCCUGAAAAUUGUAACGUUGAAUUACCAACAUCACACAAGGCAAUUUCCUUAUCAGUGGGACACAUAUGUUGUAAUGUCCCACUAAAUCUUUUCACUUUAGAAGGGUUAUUAAGAAGGAUAAUUACAUCACAUAUUUAACCUAUGCUGCAGCAGUCAUUUAUUAAGGCUAAAGGUAUUCUAGAAAUCCUUUCUUUAAAAACCAAAGUGUGUACAUGAGUUGUAUAUCAUAAAGUUAAAAUAGAAAUGCUGACAUAUACAAAAUGUUUGAGAAUUUGUAUUGAAAGCUGGAUAUUUUAACUGUAAACCACACAGUUCUUAGCAUUAUUUCACUGGAAGCUGAAGGUUUUCUGUCACUUAACAUAAUCAUAUGUUUUUUAUUUCUUACGCAGAUUCUAUCAAUUUCAGUUGGAAGGCUUAAUGGAGUCAGUAAAUGGCACAGUGUCUGAAUACAGUUUGGUGUUUUAGCAAGUCAUAUAUCACAGUAUAAACUUGACUGUGAGAAUGUUUUUUGGUGGUGUAUUUGGUUGUAAAAGAAUUAAGCUAUUUUUGUAAUUACUUGUUCAAAAAUGUAUAACAUAAAAUCUGGUCAACUAAACAGGUAGACUGAAGGUAAAUCUCCAGUUGUAUGAUGUUUCUUCCAAUAAAACAUAAUCAUGUAAAAUUA